AUGAAGGUGAAAGUGAUAUCGCGCUCCACAGAUGAAUUCACACGCGAACGAAGCCAAGAUCUCCAGAGGGUUUUCCGUAAUUUUGACCCAAAUCUUCGAUCUCAAGAGAAGGCGGUCGAAUAUGUUCGCGCUCUUAAUGCAGCUAAAUUGGAUAAGAUUUUUGCUCGGCCAUUUAUUGGAGCAAUGGAUGGGCACAUUGAUGCAGUCUCGUGUAUGGCAAAAAACCCGAGUCACUUGAAGGGAAUAUUUUCUGGUUCUAUGGAUGGAGAUAUUCGGCUUUGGGAUUUGGCUAGCAGGCGGACAGUUUGUCAGUUUCCUGGUCACCAAGGCUCAGUACGGGGUCUGACAGUAUCUACAGAUGGUCGCGUUCUUGUAUCAUGUGGGACUGAUUCCACUGUCCGGCUCUGGAAUGUUCCUGUUUCUUCUAUUAUGGAGUCUGAUGACUCAUUUGAUAACUCAGCCAAGCCACUAGCAGUCUAUGUUUGGAAGAAUGCAUUCUGGGCUGUUGAUCACCAAUGGGAUGGAGAUCUCUUUGCUACAGCUGGAGCUCAAGUAGAUAUAUGGGACCACAACAGGUCUCAGCCUGUCAGCAGUUUUGAAUGGGGGAAAGAUACUGCUAUAUCUAUUCGGUUUAAUCCAGGAGAGCCUAAUAUAUUGGCGACAUCGGCUAGUGACCGGAGCAUAACAAUAUAUGAUUUAAGAUUGUCAUCUCCGGCAAGAAAGAUUAUCAUGAGGACAAAAACUAAUUCUAUAGUGUGGAAUCCCAUGGAGCCAAUGAAUUUUACAGCUGCUAAUGAAGAUUGCAAUUGCUACAGCUAUGAUGCUAGAAAAUUGGAUGAAGCUAGAUGUGUGCACAAAGAUCAUGUUUCUGCAGUGAUGGAUAUUGAUUACUCACCAACUGGCCGUGAAUUUGUAUCUGGAUCUUAUGAUAGAACUGUGAGAAUAUUCCAAUAUAAUGGUGGUCACAGCCGAGAAGUCUAUCAUACCAAGAGAAUGCAAAGAGUAUUCUGUGUCAAGUUCAGUUGUGAUGCAAGUUAUGUCAUCUCCGGGAGUGAUGACACCAAUCUUCGCCUUUGGAAGGCUAAAGCAUCAGAGCAAUUGGGAGUUCUUCUGCCAAGAGAACGUAAAAAGCAUGAAUAUCUGGAGGCUGUCAAGAAUCGUUACAAGCAUCUUCCUGAGGUUAAGCGCAUUGUCAGGCACAGGCACUUGCCAAAAGCAAUAUACAAGGCAGCUUCGCUCAGGCGUAUUAUGUCUGAAGCUGAAAGAAAGAAAGAAGAGAGGAGGAGAGCUCAUAGUGCCCCCGGUAGCAUCCCAAAGGAGUCAUUGCGUAAAAGAAGAAUCAUUGAAGAAGUUGAAUGA